CCCAAGCCUGCCAGAGCUCAGAAUAACCCAGAGAAGCAGACAGCAGGAUGACAGGGGCUCUGCUCGGUGCCCUACUGCUCUUGGGGCUCCUUGGCAGCAGUGAGGGGAAAAAUGAGGAGCUGAGUCUUUAUCACCAUCUCUUCGACAACUAUGACCCAGCAUGCCGGCCCGUGAGGGGGCCCGAGGACACUGUCACCAUCAGCCUCAAGGUCACCCUGACCAACCUUAUUUCACUGAACGAAAAGGAGGAGACCCUCACUACUAAUGUCUGGAUUGGAAUUGACUGGCAGGAUUACCGACUCAACUAUAGCAAGGAUGACUUUGGGGGCCUACAAACCCUGCGAGUCCCUUCUGACCAUGUAUGGCUACCAGAGAUUGUGCUAGAAAACAAUAUUGAUGGCCAGUUUGGCGUGGCCUACGAUGCCAAUGUGCUGAUCUACGAGGGCGGUUAUGUGACCUGGUUGCCCCCAGCCAUCUACCGCAGCACCUGCGCAGUGGAAGUCACCUAUUUCCCCUUCGACUGGCAGAACUGCUCACUCAUUUUCCGCUCUCAGACUUACAGUGCCAAAGAAGUGGAAUUCAUCUUUGCCGUGGAUGACAAUGGUGAAACCAUCAGCAAGAUCGAUAUCGACACUGAAGCCUUUACUGAGAACGGUGAGUGGGCCAUUGAUUUUUGCCCUGGGGUGAUCCGUUCCCAUGGUGGUGGCUCUGCUGACCACCAAGGAGAAACUGAUGUCAUCUACACACUCAUCAUCCGUCGGAAGCCACUCUUCUAUGUCAUUAACAUCAUUGUGCCUUGUGUGCUCAUUUCUGGCCUGGUGGUGCUGGCCUACUUCCUGCCAGCCCAGGCUGGUGGCCAGAAAUGCACCGUCUCUAUCAACGUCCUGCUGGCCCAGACCGUCUUCUUGUUCCUAAUUGCUCAGAAAAUCCCGGAGACAUCUCUGAGUGUACCGCUGCUGGGCAAGUACCUCAUUUUCGUCAUGGUGGUCGCCACCCUCAUUGUCAUGAAUUGCGUCAUUGUGCUCAAUGUGUCUCUGCGGACGCCCACCACUCAUGCCACGUCCCCGCGGCUACGCCAUGUUUUAUUGGAGCUGCUGCCGAGGGUCCUGGGCUCAGCACCGCCCCCCGAGGCUUCCCAAGCCGCUCCGUCCACUAGGCGGGCGUCCUCAGUGGGCAUACUUCUCCGAGCAGAGGAGCUGAUUCUGAAAAAGCCGCGGAGCGAGCUCGUGUUUGAGGGACAGAGGCACCGGCAUGGAACGUGGACCGCUGCUCUCUGCCAGAGCCUGAGCGCUGCAGCCCCCGAGAUCCGCUGCUGUGUGGAUGCUGUGAACUUCGUGGCCGAGAGCACGCGGGACCAAGAGACCAUCGGCGAGGAGGUGUCCGACUGGGUUCGCAUGGGAAAGGCCCUUGACAGCGUGUGUUUCUGGGCCGCUCUGGUGCUCUUCAGCGCAGGCUCCAGCCUCAUCUUCCUUGGGGGCUACUUCAACCAAGUGCCCGAUCUUCCCUACCCACCCUGUAUCCAACCUUGAACCUGUGCCUGCAGACCAACUUUCCCACCCACUUCCACAGGAAAUAGAUUUUUGAGAAACAAGCUGCUGGCACUAAUCAUGAUC